GCGUGCGACUCCACGAAACAAAACAGCUCUGGGCUAGAAAAGUAUGGCAGCUGCUGAGGCGGCGGUGGUUUCGUCGUCGUCCUUGAAACCAGACACAGCCCCAGUCCCCGAAAGUGCAGGAAUGGCUGCAGCUACGGCCGCCACAUCCUCAGCGAUGGCUGCAGCCGCGGCGGUUGCGGCCAGGACCGGAUCCGAAGCCAGGGUCUCCAAGCCCGCAUUGGCUACUAAGCUGCUGUCCCUGAGCGGCGUGUUCGCCGUGCACAAGCCCAAAGGGCCCACUUCAGCCGAGCUGCUGAAUCGGCUGAAGGAGAAGCUGCUGGCAGAAGCUGGAAUGCCUUCUCCAGAAUGGACCAAGAGGAAAAAGCAGACUUUGAAAAUUGGGCAUGGAGGGACUCUAGACAGUGCAGCCCGAGGAGUCCUGGUGGUUGGAAUUGGAAGAGGAACAAAACUGUUGACCAGUAUGUUGUCAGGGUCCAAGAGGUAUAUUGCCACUGGCGAACUGGGGAAAGCUACUGACACGCUAGAUUCUACAGGGAAAGUAACAGAAGAAAAACCUUACGAUAAAAUAACACAGGAAGAUAUUGAAGGCAUUCUACAGAAAUUUACUGGGAAUAUAAUGCAAGUACCUCCCCUCUAUUCUGCAUUAAAGAAAGAUGGACAGAGACUUUCAACUUUGAUGAAGAGAGGUGAAGUAGUAGAAGCCAAACCUGCCAGGCCGGUUACCGUGUACAGUCUUUCCCUUCAAAAAUUCCAGCCACCAUUUUUCACACUAGAUGUUGAAUGUGGAGGAGGUUUUUAUAUCAGAAGCUUGGUCAGUGACAUUGGCAAAGCACUGUCUUCGUGUGCCAAUGUGCUAGAGCUGACCCGCACCAAACAGGGACCCUUUACACUGGAGGAGCAUGCCCUUCCCGAAGACAAAUGGACAAUUGAUGGCAUCGCACAGUCUCUCGAGCAGUGCUCAUCCCUUCUCCCAGCAGAGAUGGCACUUAAAAAAUCAAAACCUGAGGAGUCUAAAGAGCAAGUUUUGAGCUGUGAGUAUAUAACUCUAAAUGAGAUAAAGGGAGAAGAUGAUGUGAUUAAGACAUUUUAAGUUUGGCUUGGGAUUGUCUUCAUUUCCUGGUUGACAUUUGAAUCCUUUGUGCAGAAUGACAAGCUGUGUGCCAAGACAAACGAUUCUUUUUUUUUUUUUUUUUGCAUGAGGAAAAAAUGUCCAUCAUUUAUGGUUUCUACAGUGCACAAUUUAUCUGCUGUACAUUAUAAAUAGCCUUGCAGUUCAGUCCUUGCUGUACUGUAGAAUGUUCUUCUAGGAUGUUAUUAUGUUGUUAGAUUGGAUUCAGGAAAAUCAACUUUCUGAUUUUGAUCUCUCAUCAAAGUCUUUUCCUGUGAAAAAGUUGACCACAUUUUCCAAUCAGAGGAAAAAAAAUUAGCUAAAUGUUUUCUUUGGUGUGACAAAGUGAAUGUAUAUUAGUUUCUUUGACUUUAUUUUGGCUUCUUCGUGACUCUGGUUUUUGAAAUUCCUUAACUGUGUUUGAAAAAGCCAUUAUUUAACUCAUGUUUUGGAGAGUUUACGAUUAUUAAGAACAUUUCUUAGAUAAGGCUGCACUUACCUUGGUAAUAGCUGUGUUUGUUUAGAUCUUAGAAGCUAAUAAACUUCUAUCGUAAAUAUUGGUAGAUGAACCAAAUUAUUGCUGCUACCACUAAUGGAAUGUAAAUAGAAGACGAAAUGUUUAAUUAAAUUCACCUCUACUCUCCCAUUAGCACAGGACAGCUCCUAUGGCUUAUGUUUUGGCAGCUAUGAGAUAGUUUCCUGGUAAUUUAAUCAAUACAGUCGACCACCCUGUACCAAUUUACUAAAUAACCUAAUUAAAAUAAAUUAAGCUAAAGAAUGCCUUCAAUGAAAAACUUUUCUUUAUUCUUUAGUACUUAUUUAUACAUCUUUAUAGGGUAUUAAUCCCCAUGAUACUUUGCUUUCAGUUUGCUCUUUCAAGUGAUGUUUAUAGAUGCUGAGAUUGCUGCCCUGCAUUUCCAGUUAAUCCCUUCUGGUCUAAAUGUUUAAAAACAG